CUCGACAGAGCGCCCAGCAUGUCGAACCCGUACCCGGUCCAGCCGUCGAUCGAGAAGAUGAAGGAGGACGCCGCUCGCCAGAAGAACAACAGCGGCACGCAGGAGAAGCGCGAGCUCGCUGGCGAGGGCGACUACCAGGACAAGCACCUCGACAACGUCGCCCACAACCCCAACGCCCUCCUCGAGAACCCGCUCCAGGGCAUCUCGCACGAGCGCCUCGAGGCGAUGGGCCGUGCGUUUGCGCGCGAGAAGGGCCUCGGCGAGUACGAGGAGGAGUUCGCCAAGGGUGCCCAGGUCGCCCAGGACCCGCUCGCGUUCGAGUCGCUCACGAUGCUCAACGACGAGGACCGCAACGUCCUCCGCCGCGAGAUCACGCACAAGUGGCACCAGCCGUGGCAGCUCUACUUCCUCACCAUCUGCUGCUCCAUGGCGGCAGCUGUGCAGGGCAUGGACGAGAGCGUCACGAACGGCGCCAACCUCUUCUGGGCUCCUCAGUUCGGCCUCAACACGGCCGAGGGCGCGCCCAACGCGAGUACGAACGAGUGGUACCUCGGCCUCGUUAACGGUGCGCCAUACUUGGCUUGCGCAGUUCUGGGUUGUUGGCUCACUGCGCCGCUCAACACUUGGCUCGGCCGUCGUGGCACCAUCUUCCUCACGGCGACCAUCUCGGCGCUCACCUGCAUCUGGUCGGCCUGCACCAACUCGACCUGGCACCUGUUCGCCGCUCGCUUCGUCCUUGGUCUCGGUAUUGGCCCCAAGUCGGCUACCGUUCCCGUCUACGCCGCCGAGACGGCGCCUCCCAUCAUCCGCGGCGCGCUCGUCAUGCAGUGGCAAGUUUGGACUGCGUUCGGCAUCAUGCUCGGAACUGUCGCGUCGCUCGCGUUCUACAAGGUUCCCGACCCUACUAGCGCCGCCAUCACCGGCCUCAACUGGCGCCUCAUGCUCGGCUCUGCCGCACUUCCCGCCUUCUUCGUGAUGGCCCAGGUCUACUUCUGCCCCGAGUCGCCGCGUUGGCUCAUCGGCCGUGGCCGCUACGGCGACGCCUACAAGUCGCUCUGCCGCCUGCGCCACACCAAGCUCCAGGCCGCUCGCGACCUGUUCCUCAUCAACGCCCUCCUCGAGGAGGAGGCCAACAUCGCCACGGGCAAGUCGGCCAUCGUCGAGCUCUUUACCGUCGCCCGCAACCGUCGUGGUGCUCUCGGCGCAGGAAUCGUCAUGUUCAUGCAGCAGUGCUGCGGCAUCAACGUCAUCGCUUACUACUCGUCGACCAUCUUCCGCCAGGCCGGCUUCGACGAGAUCACGGCGCUCGGUGCGACCCUCGGCUUCGGCGCGCUCAACUUUGUCAUGGCUGCUCCUGCCGUCUGGACCAUCGACACGUUCGGUCGCCGCUUCCUCCUCCUCCUCACCUUCCCCUUGAUGGCCAUCUUCCUCCUCAUGACGGGCAUGGCGUUCUUCAUCCCCGAGGGCAACGCCCGUAUCGCCGUCGUCGCGCUCGGCAUCUACCUCCACUGCAUGGCCUACUCGCCUGGCGAGGGUCCCGUUCCCUUCGUCUACUCGGCCGAGGCGUUCCCUCUCUACGUCCGCGACGUCGGCAUGUCGUUCGCUACCGCCACGACUUGGGUUUUCAACUUCAUCGUCGCGCUCACGUUCCCUCGCCUCCUGUCGGCCUUUACCCGCCAGGGCGCGUUCGGCUGGUACGCCGGCUGGAACGUCGUCGGCACCUUCCUCGUCCUCUUCUUCGUCCCCGAGACCAAGGGCCUCUCGCUCGAGGAGCUCGACCAGGUCUUCUCGGUCCCGACCAAGAUUCACGCCGCGUACCACCUCAAGGGCCUCGGCUACAACUUCCGUAAGUACAUCCUGCGCCAGCGCCUCCCGCCGCGCAAGCCGCUCUACUCGUGGGAGGACACGACGUACGCCCGCGACUGAGCCACUCGGCCGCCGCUCGACGUCGUCCUCGUCUCGCCCUCGCAACCGUCUCUUCUCGUCGCCUCGACUCGUUACUUCCAGUUCUCCCUACUCUCCCACCUUAGUUCUCUCGCAAUCAGUACCCCCUCCAGUCGGCGGUCGUGCAAUUUUAGCCACGUCCCUCGUC